GCGCAUCCCACGGCAAGACAAGACUCGACAUACGAACAAAUCCAACAACCAUGUCAGACACAGAAAUGGGCGGCGGCGUCGCAUUGGGCGUCACGUCACCUACGCAGUCGCAGCUCGCCGACGAAAUUAAUGGAGGCGCCAUGGACGUCAACUCGGUCGCAGACUCAACUGUCUCAAGCCGAUUACCUAUUACCGUCGACAAGCCCACACCUUUUACAUUUGACCUGGGAAACUUGCUCGCAAAUGACCCCAACCCCAUUGCCGCCGGCGCCGACGAAGAAGCGCUUAAAGCCACAGCCCGCGAUGCCGCCCAAGCACUCAUCAACCAGCUCCUGUCUACCUGCCAGGUAAAGUCCACCUCGGAAGGCGUACAUCUGGUCCUUCCCGCGCCAACCACACCUCUCCCUCGUGAGAAGCCUAUUCCCUCCGCCAAGGAGCCCACCAAAUGGGAAAAGUUUGCCGCCAAGAAGGGCAUCAAGAAGCAGAAGCGCGACAGCAACCUGGUCUACGACGAGACCAAGGGCGAGUGGGUUCCCAAGUGGGGCUACAAGGGCAAGAACAAGGAUGGUGAGAAUGACUGGUUGGUCGAGGUUGACGAGAAGAAGGAGCGCGCGACGGGCGAGGCGCAUGACCAGAGGGCAGACAAUCGGCAAGAGAGGAAGGAGAGGAUUCGAAGGAAUCUGAGGAAGCAAAGAGCCAACGAUAUCAAGGCUCGCAAGACUGUUGUUUAAGCUGCACCAGUUGACCUUUUCCACGCGAGCAUCCUUUCUACCACUUGCAUUUGGGCGGCGUUUGUCACGAUAUCUAAAUCCAGUACAUUAGGGCUACAAAAUUCGAAUACUUGCCCCUUAUGUUGCUUGGAAUAUCGUCAUGUUAUGCACGGGGCUCUUAUUCAGUGUCAAGUAUUAUGACUGAUACCGUACAAUAUCUUUCUUACCACGAACAACUGAAGUCAUUUGCCUAAUAUGGAACCUAAAACCACAUAAAUCGACAGCAAUAGUACGUCUACUUUGAAUUUAGACUUAAAAACCAACUUCAAGCACAAAUCGCCAAACUCUACCAUCUGCCCGUACCAGACUCGCUGUUCCCGUACAUCUAAAUCACCGAAAAGCUCCACAUGACCAUUACA